CAUUUCAAACACCAGUUUUCUAAAACAUCUCUUUCUAAACACCCCCUCUUACCUCUAGGAGAUAGGAAACUUAUUCUUUGUGUUUUUGAGGCCAAUAUUGUGCCAUUCUUUUGUCUUCUUUGUAUUUGAAUUUGUUUACGGUUAGAAAUGGAAACCAAACGCGGUUCUGAACUUCCUCCAGGUUUUAGAUUCCACCCAACAGAUGAGGAACUGAUUGUGUAUUACCUCAAAAACCAAGCCACUUCCAGGCCAUGCCCAGUUUCUAUAAUCCCAGAAGUUGAUAUUUACAAAUUUGAUCCUUGGGAGUUGCCUGAGAAAGCAGAAUCUGGAGAAAAUGAAUGGUAUUUCUUUAGCCCCCGAGAGAGAAAGUACCCAAAUGGGGUUAGACCAAAUCGAGCAACUGUGUCAGGUUAUUGGAAAGCGACAGGGACGGACAAGGCAAUCUACAGCGGGUCUAAAUAUGUGGGGGUGAAGAAAUCUCUUGUGUUUUACAAAGGAAGGCCACCAAAGGGGCUUAAAACUGAUUGGAUUAUGCAUGAAUAUCGUUUAAGCGAUUCACGCAGGCAAAUUAACAAACAUGUUGGGUCCAUGAGGUUGGAUGAUUGGGUUCUCUGCAGGAUCUACAAAAAGAAGCAAAUGGGCAAACUUUUGGAACAAAAAGUGGAAAUUUCAAGUCCCCAAUUUGAAAUAACAGCUCCUAAUGAUGCUAAUGAGGACCAUAGUUCGAAAUUUCCAAGGACUUGUUCUAUUGCUCAUCUGUUGGAAUUGGAAUAUUUGGGUCCAAUUUCCCAGCUUUUGAAUGACAAUUCAUACAACUCAACCUUUGAUUUCCAGAACAACUAUGCCAGUUCUGGUACUGACCAUGUUCAUAAACCUCCGUUAGGUGAAAUAGCAUACCAAAACACAGACUCAGGAAAGUUCCAAGUGAACCAGAGUAGCAUUUUAAACCAACCCAUGUUUAUGAAUCCGGUGUAUAAUGACAUGCAAGGCUUGCACCGUUAAAAAAAAAAAAAAAAAAAGGUCAAAAACUUUAGGCUUUGGUUUGGACAUGAUAAAUAGAAGGAAUUUCAAUCUACUCAGAAAUUGUAAAAUUGUUUGUAAGAAAGAUUUAAAUCUUAGACAGAUUAUGAAAUGGAUUUGAUCAGUUAUUUCUCAAUCAGAAAACCCCAUAUACCAAUUUUUAUUUACCAUAUAAGAAACUGCUUUAAUUUUCUGGUUGAGAUGAAAUUGAAGACCAAAUUAUCUUUGGAGCUGCUUCCCAUUGCAAUUUUCCGAAUAGGAUUUUUCAGAUAAGAAUUCUUUAAUUAUGGUUAUGUUGUAAUUAUUCAGAGAAGCCGGUCCUUUGACUUUCAAAGAAAAAAAGGAUGAACAACAAUAAAAGAUUUCAUUUUGUUUC